GCAACGUUAGCGCUCAGCUCCCAGUUCAACUGACAGCUCCAGUGAAUCAGCGUUAACUGGAACAUCAGCGCGGACCUUUAACUGACCCUAUGUCUCUGUAGUGUUGUUUAGUGGCGAAUCAUCCCACAUUUUUUGGGGUGGGGGCGUUGUGAAGGAGCCACGUGUACAGGAACUGAAGUGUGACAGGUCUGUUUGACUCUCACAGCUAACACUUAGUUAGCGUCGGCUAGCUCAUAUCGCUCAUUUCUCAGCUGUUUCCUCCUCGGUAACAGAGCUCGACAGGUAAUCAUGGCUGUUUGGAGAAGACUUUGUUCCAGAAACCUCCUCCCCGUUUCUCUGCUGUUUUAUCUCGUGCUCCACAUCAUUGAUGCACGACCAGCCAACAUGUCAGCCGCUAAAGAGAAGGGUCCGACCAACAAGGACGACAACGAGAUUCUUCCCCCGGACCACUUGAACGGGGUGAAGAUGGAGUUGGACGGCCACCUCAACAAGGACUUCCACCAGGAGGUUUUCCUGGGUAAAGAGAUGGAGGAGUUCGAGGAGGACUCGGAGCCAAGGAGGAACAGGAAGAAGCUCAUUGAAAUAUUCACCAAAGUCGACUUCAACAGGGACAGGAGUGUGAGCGCCAAGGAGAUGCAGCGCUGGAUCAUGGAGAAGACGGAGGAGCACUUCCAGGAGGCAACGGUGGAGAACAAGAACAGUUUCCAUGCGGUCGAUCCAGACGGUGACGGUCACGUGACAUGGGACGAAUACAGAGUCAAAUUUCUCGCCAGCAAAGGUUUCAACGAAAAAGAAGUUGCAGAAAAAAUAAAGAAUAAUGAAGAUCUGAAACUUGACGAGGAAACUCAGGAGGUUUUGGAAAGCCUGAAGGACCGCUGGUUUCAGGCUGACAACCCUCCAGCAGACCAACUGCUGAACGAGCAGGAGUUCCUGUCUUUCCUCCACCCUGAGCACAGCCGAGGCAUGCUCAAGUACAUGGUGAAGGAGAUUGUGCGAGACCUAGACCAGGACGGUGAUAAGAAGUUGACGCUGUCGGAGUUCAUCUCUCUACCUGUGGGAACCGUGGAGAACCAGCAGGCUCAGGACAUCGAUGACGACUGGGUCCGAGAGAGGAAGAAGGAGUUUGAAGACGUCAUCGAUGCAGAUCGCGAUGGCAUCGUAACCAUGGACGAGCUGGAGGAGUACAUGGACCCGAUGAACGAGCACAACGCUUUGAACGAAGCCAAGCAAAUGAUCGCCGUCGCAGACGAGAACCAGAAUCAUAAUUUGGAGCUCGAUGAAAUUCUCAAAUACAGUGAAUACUUCACGGGCAGCAAGCUCAUGGAUUACGCCAGAAAUGUUCACGAGGAGUUCUGAAAACAGAUUCAUCGUCUUCCCCCUCUAUCUCUCUCCCUCUCCCUCUCCCUCUCUCUCCCUCUCCCUCUCUCUAUCUCUCUCUCUCCCUCUCUCUCUCCAUCUGAGACAUCCUACAUCUGCUUCAUGGACUGGCCUGUCUUGCUGACGAGAGAGAGGGCGACUUAAAGAUACGAUAGGAUGUUUCUAGUGUGCAAUUCUGUGUUUAAACGUCUAGCCUCAACGUCCUCUUUCACUGCUGCCUCCAGUUAAUCCCCCCCCCUCCUUUUCAGCCCUAGACUGUCCAUCAAUCAGAGACUGAUCUUAAUGGAUAUCGAGCGUUGGACUUCUCUUGUGGAUUUGAAGCACUGCAUCAUCUCCAAAAAUUUGAUUUGUGUUCAGUUGUGUGAAAUGUGUGUAUAUGAGGAUUUUUAACCCCCCCCCUCGAUUUACUUUUUAUGUUCUUUUUUUCUGGUGCAGCGGUGAGAGAGACGGUGCAGCUAGUAGAGGUGGUGUGUCGAUACACAGUGUAAAUAUUCAUCAUCACAUUACCCGCACAUCUAUCACAGAGAAGACCCCAAAAAAUAUAAAUAUAAAUAUAAAUAUAAAUUAUGCUGCUGAAAGGAAACAGUAGAUAUUUCAAUAUUAUCAUGAGUCUGGUCACACCUUCAUCUUCUUCUUCUUCUCCCCACCCCCAAAAAAAACAUAUGUAUAAAGGAGAUUUCUGUCAUUAGUGGUGUACAAGUCCACUCGUUUCCAUGACGAUAGAUAUUAUCCGUCCUACUACUUAAAAACAGGGUAUUUAUGGUCUGUGUUUAAUAAAAAGAUACAACUUUUUAGUGCUACAGUAACAUAAUCUUCACAGACUUUCAUUCACUAGCUUUUGAGAGUUUUAAUCAUUGAAAAUGUAGAAAAACGGCAUUAAAAUACGAGAACAAAGUGACUUUUUUCAUAUUAGAUAUUUUGGUUCAUUGAAGGAAAAGCACAGGUGUCAUUGAUGAUGUUACAAUAGCGUGAAGUCUUGAUUAAUAUAAUUAGUUUCACCUGUGUGUGUGUGGCAGGUCAAAAUGUCCCUUGUGAUUAAGGCCUGUUUGGUUUGUUCUAAUCUUCGUACUCUUGUGAAAAUGUGGAUGAAGGUACGUUAUAAUUUAUUUCGAUCAGGACGAUUCGGAUCGGCUGCGUCGUCGAGUUUCACGCAGGUGUGGCCUCAUGGUGUCCUUUUCUAUCUCAACGCAUUAAUUAAUAGCUCACUCUUCAUCAUAUUGUUAAUUUUGAAUGCUCUUGGUUAGUCUGCACAGUUUCAUCUUUACGUGUUUUUUUUUGUUGUUUUUUUUAAUGCAUGGACAAACAAUGAAAUAUAAAUUCAUCAGCUCUGUUGAGAUUUUACCCUGUGGAGUGUUUGGAUUUACAGUCUUCUGUUCCUGUUUGGAUUGUAAAAUAAGAUUUAUGAUGACGGAAUGUGACACAGCUUUAUAUAAAAAAAUGUAUUGCAAAUAUGCUAGUAAACAAUAAAUAUUUCUUAUCUAUUAAAAACCA